AUGGAGGCGGACGGGAGCCAGGCUACCUCGGGGAGCCCCGGCGAGGCGCAGCACGACCCCGGCAAGAUGUUCAUCGGCGGCCUCAGCUGGCAAACCUCACCAGACAGCCUUAGAGACUAUUUUAGCAAAUUCGGAGAAAUUAGAGAGUGUAUGGUCAUGCGGGACCCCACCACCAAGCGCUCCAGAGGCUUCGGGUUCGUUACGUUCGCGGAUCCGGCGAGUGUAGACAAAGUCCUGGCUCAGCCGCACCACGAGCUGGACUCCAAGACGAUUGACCCUAAAGUUGCAUUUCCCCGACGAGCACAGCCUAAGAUGGUCACAAGAACAAAGAAAAUAUUUGUAGGUGGAUUAUCAGCUAAUACAGUAGUGGAAGACGUAAAGCAAUACUUUGAACAGUUUGGCAAGGUAGAGGACGCCAUGCUUAUGUUUGACAAGACGACCAACAGGCAUAGAGGAUUUGGCUUUGUAACUUUUGAAAAUGAAGACGUGGUGGAAAAAGUCUGUGAAAUUCAUUUCCACGAAAUCAAUAAUAAAAUGGUAGAAUGUAAGAAAGCACAACCUAAAGAAGUGAUGUUUCCACCAGGGACGAGAGGAAGGGCACGUGGAUUACCGUAUACCAUGGACGCUUUUAUGCUAGGGAUGGGAAUGUUGGGUUACCCGAAUUUUGUCGCAACGUAUGGCCGAGGAUAUCCUGGAUUUGCCCCAAGUUACAGCUAUCAGUUCCCAGGUUUUCCGGCAGCGGCUUAUGGACCAGUAGCAGCGGCAGCCGUGGCGGCAGCAAGAGGAUCAGUCUUGAAUAGCUACAGUGCUCAACCGAAUUUUGGCGCACCCGCUUCCCCGGCAGGCUCCAACCCAGCCCGACCCGGAGGCUUCCCCGGGGCCAACAGCCCAGGGCCCGUCGCGGACCUCUACGGCACGGCCAGCCAGGACUCCGGCGUGGGUAACUACAUAAGCGCCGCCAGCCCGCAGCCGGGCUCCGGCUUCGGCCACGGGAUCGCCAGUCUCUCUGGAUGUCCGGGCAAGACGGGGCGAAGUUUCUGAACGGGCCCGUGUUUGGGUGAUCUCAUCAGACUUUGAGCAUUACAUCAUCACCGAUAACGCAAACAAACUGGAGGUGGCACGCGACGGACUUAGGUUGUUUAAAAUCUCUCUCAUCAUCUCAUGAAUCUGCUGUACUAUAAAAACAACAGCUUUUAAAAGUAUGUAUAUAAAAUCCAUUUCUUGUUCGUUUUAUUUUCUUGAUGGGUUCCCCCCCCCCUCUUUUUAAACCUCUCCAAACCACAUUUUUUCGUAGCAUUUUGACAUAGUCUCGUAGCCACGUAGUUCUAAUUCUUUGUGUAUCUAGCAAGAGCCUAACCAUAGUGUAACUGUUUAUAUUAAGGGGUUUCUUUCGUUUUUUCUUUCCCCCCUUUCCUCCUCCCUUCUGUUUUACGUAGUCGUUGUUGCUUAAAGGAUGCUGAGAUGGUGACAGGAGUCUCAGCCGCCGGUACCGGCUCUGCAGCCGCCGAGGGUGGCGGGGGGAGCAGAGCCGGCGGCGGGCA